AAUCGAGAAUCCAAUAUUCAAUUGCUAGCUGUACGAUUUCUUCUUCCCCCAGGCCACCAAAACCAGCCUUUCCCUUUCCAUUGCACGCUGCUCGUGCUCGCCGCCUGCUCCUCGCGAUCGUCUCUGGGGGCGCCGCCGGCUCACCGGCGCUUCGUCUCCGUGCCCCGGCUGCUCUUUCCCGGCGAGCUUAAAAUCUAUUGAGGAUGUCGGAACGUUCUGGGAGUGCAACCGAAAAGAUUAUGAGCAGCAUCAUUGAUAGCAUUGCUGACAACCUUCCUAAGCAGAAGUCUGGGCAAUUCGAUCCAGGUGCAGUCUCUGAAAAGGUGAAGAAUAAGCUGUUUGGUCGUCAGAAGACCCUGCAUGGAGUUCUGGGUGGUGGAAAACCUGCUGAUGUGCUUUUAUGGAGGAACAAGAAGAUAUCAUCAAGCGUUCUGGCUCUUGCAACAGCUAUUUGGGUUUUCUUCGAGUGGCUUGAUUACCACUUCCUGACAAUCGUUUCGUUUGCCCUUGUUCUUGGAAUGGUUGUCCAGUUUGUUUGGUCCAAUUUCUCUAACAUGCUAAGCGGAUCUCCUUCUCAAGUGCCCCGAGUUGAGUUGCCUGAUGAGAUGUUUGUGAACAUUGCUGUUGCAAUCGGUGCCCAAGUAAACAAAUUCUUGAGUUUCCUUCAAGAUGUGUCUUGUGAAAGAAACUUGAAGCAUUUUCUAGUGUCGAUUGCUGGACUGUGGGCUGCUGCUGUGAUUGGAAGCUGGUGCAAUUUCCUGACAGUUAUAUAUAUUGGAUUUGUUUGUGCUCACACGCUUCCUGUGCUCUACGAAAAGUAUGAAGACCAAAUUGAUGAUUUCCUCUACAACCUCCUCGGUCUGCUGCGAGAUCAGUAUCAGAAGCUCGACCAAGGUGUCUUGAGCAAGAUACCCAAAGGGAACAUGAAGGCUAAGAAGAAUGAGUAGUUUAGCUGCUGGAUUCUCAUGAAUGAGUGGGUUGGUGAACUAUUGUUGUGUCGACUUGUGCAUCGCAGACUCGUGUCAAUUGUUACUUGAAAGCUGUGUGUGCCUUGCUGAAUAUGGGUGCUUGUUCAUUGCCCAGCACCACUGGGAUUAAACUUCAUGCAAUGCAUGUCAUCUACUAUAUUCGUGUUCUUCAACUCAUUUACAUUCAUGCUCC